UUUGUGAAUCCGUGACGAUGUGCAACAGACUGUUUCCUUUGUUGUCAAUAUGCUCAUCAAGGUGCAAUGCUUGUCCAUCUUCUUGUGCGUGUGUUGCGGCUAGAAGUGCUUUGUCUACCAUGUCAUAGUACAAGUCGUGAUCAUAUGACCUGCAGAGUGCGAAAACUGGAGUUUGACCGUUCUUGUCUUUCAGCCGCCAGGGGACGAGAUAUCCUAUCUUUUCAAUAAGGCGGGGCUGAUUGAAAAGAUAAUGUGCCACGCAUCUACCUUUCGAAUCUUGGACCGCAAAAUAUCUCUUCAUUGAAUCGAUAUCAGGGUUGUGCUCGAGAAGGUACCCUAGAAGAGUAUCGGCGAUUUUGGCGUGGGCGGAUUGAAUGGCAGCGCUGAGAAGCGUCACGCCUUCGUUGUUUCGGUCAUCGAUCACAUGAUUAAAGCCAUCAUCAUUAAAGAUUCGCCUUCCGACCCUUGAGUCAUUGCAAGUUUUUCUAUCGAAAUAUCACCUUCCAACCCCGUGCCGCGU